AUAUUUCAUUAUUUUCUGUGGAAGACAGCAACAGUUAACCAACUUAGUUUAUAACUCUUCUCUUUUCUCCUUAUAUUAUUUCUUGUUAUACCUUCAAACUAGAAUAAUUGUUGUAACGAAAGCACAUUGUUUUAAACAAGGCGUUAAACAGUUAAACUGUCCAUAAAAACAAUGGCUUCACCGAAGGAGGAGAGCGUAAAACGCAACAGCGAAAGCGAAGGUGAUACUGAAUCCUCAGAACAUGAUCCGCAUUUCGAACCGAUUGUUUCUCUACCGCUUGUAGAAAUUCCAACUAACGAGGAAGACGAAGAGGAACUGGUGAAGAUACGCGCAAGACUUUACAGAUAUGACACUCAAGAUCAUGAGUGGAAGGAACGGGGAACUGGUGAUAUAAAACUGUUACGUCACAUAGUCAAUAACUCUGUGAGGGUAGUUAUGAGGCGUGAUAAGACUUUAAAAGUUUGCGCCAAUCACUUUAUAACUCCUGAUAUAAGAAUGAAUGUGCACUGUGGAUCUGAUAAGGCAUUUAAUUGGUCAGUUUUCGCUGAUUUUGCUGAUGAAACUUGUAAACAGGAAUUACUUGCUAUAAAAUUUGGCAAUCCACAAAAUGCGGAACUGUGGAAAACAAAAUUUGCUGAGGCCCAGGAAAUUGUGAGAACAAAAUGCAUUCUAUACACCCAGGACCAGUUUUCCGACGACGAGAGCAGUUUUACAAGAAGUGAAGAUACUGAAACACCUGAUCCCAAAUGCGCUGAUAAAACACCAGAUGAUGAAAACAAAAAAAUCACUGAUCAUGAUUCCGAUGGAGUUGUUUUAAAAUUGAAAGAACUCAAAGUGAACAGUGAAAAAACAGAGUAAAAUUAAACUUAAGACAAUUCCAUUUUCUUUCUGUAUAAAGUCUAAAGGUCAAUAUUUCAGAGAGUCUGAGACAUAGAUUUAUUUUAAAAUUAGUCUAAACUUACUAGUAAUUUUUAGAUUUGUGUUGUUUGUUUCACAAUACUAUGUAAUAAUAAUUUAAAAAAUCCUUUUGAAAUUUCAAAGGACUCGUAUUCCAGUUUUUAAAUGUUUCUUAACAAGACAAUGUUUGUUGAAACUCUAUGCUAUAGCUAAUAUGAACUGUUAGUUUUUUUUAUAUUUUGCAUGUUGAUCCUUUACUAGUUAGUUUAGAUUCAAUGUAUUUUGUUAGACAUAAAAUAAGGAUAGAAUAUAGUUUAAAUUCUAUCUUUUUCUUAUUACAAUACAUUAAUAGCUAGCUAGUACGCAUUUACAAAUUAAUUGAUUUGUUAACAUUAGUCAAAAUUGCUAAUGAUGGAUUUGAAGAAAUGUGUGGAAAGUGAAAUAUUUUAAGAUACAUUCAUAAGAUUUGUAAUAAAUUACACUUCUACAUAAA